AUGUCCGGUGGAGUUGGUCCAUCCAGUGAUAUUAGUUUACCCAAAAAUGAAAAUUUUCAUCACACCAAAUCCCAAAGUCACCAACAAUAUAGAGGAAUUUUUAGUUUCCGACAGCUCAACAUGCUGGCCAUCAUAAUCGUCUUUUCUUCUAGUGGCAUGGUAAGUCUUGAAGAUUUCUCCUUCGUGUUAUUCUCCCUUAUUUACAUCUUCUUCCUCUCCAAAAUUGCCUUUCCAAAAAUUUCACCUCAAACAAAUCCUCCUAUUUUCAACAACAAAAUCCUAAAUCUUUACGUCUCAGUUGGAGCCCUUAUAGGAUUAUUCCUCCCAAUAGCUUAUAUAUUCGAAGGAAUUUACGAGGGAGAUAAAGAAGGUAUCAAAGCAGCAGCACCACAUGUUUUCUUGCUUGCCAGUCAAGUUUUUAUGGAAGGUGUGACUUUCAAUGAUAAAUUUUCGUUACCCAUAAGAGUUUUUGUUCCGGUUUUUUACAAUUCGAGACGAGUUUUUACGAUUAUGGAGUGGUUAACGAGUGAAAUAUCGAAAGUGGAUCAAGCUGAAUAUGGUGGGAAUAUGAGGAGGGUGAAUAUGGGGAGAGGUUUAGCUGCUGCUAAUAUGGUGUUUUGGUGUUAUAAUUUGUUUGGUUUUUUGUUGCCCGUCUAUCUUCCUAAGGCGUUUAAGACUUACUAUGGUGGCAAAUCAAAUGAUUGA